AAUCGGUCGGACUGUUCGGAAACUUAAUCUUUAUGCGGCACGGAUAUUUUUUGUGGACUAAGUUGUAUUCGUUGAGUGAAGUGUAUCUUGUGACUUAAGGCUUAGAAAGGUGGUUUUCUUCAUUCGAGAAGCAACAACAACAACACAAAAUAAUAUUAUAGAAAAGAGUUCAAAAGAAGAAGAAGAAAAAAAGUGUUGAAUUAACCGUUAUAGGUAUAGUGAAAUUCUUCAUUCUAUUCUAUGAUUUUCAUUUGAUCCGAGUUAAAGAUAAUAUGAAUAUGUAAAAGUUAAGUGAAAUAAAAACCAAUUACAAAUUUAGCACACACACUUUGGAUAUUUUACAAAUUUAUUUCAACUUUAAGACAAAAACGAAGGACGUCCACUAAGAUUCAUUCAAUGAAUUUACAACAGAUACACGGUUUCACGAUGAUGCGAAUACGACACCUGAGAAUAUUUUUGCUUCUGCUGCUGUACUUAUCACAGAUCAAGGCCUGGCGGCCCUGUCCAGAGCUAAGUCCAUCCUUAAGGCUUCCCUGCCGAUGCAAUGUGGUGCCAUUUGGACCGAACGGACAACUUGGAGCUGUUGCAAUGGACUGUGAUCGAGUCGUGUUCCAUGGAGAAGCACCACAGUUACCGUAUGGUGCGCCAAUCGUAUCUUACACACAACGUUUUAGUGGACAACAAGUUUUACCGGCUCUGACAUUUGGAACACUCAAACUACCAAUUGAAAAACUGGACAUGUCCAACAAUUUGGUUCGCCGGAUAGCAGAAAAAUCAUUUUUCGGCUUACAAGACACUCUGCUCGAAUUACGUUUGGCAAAUAACUUGCUCGGUGACAGCUUGAAUCCAAUAUUCUCUUCGGCGGAAUUCCAUCCAUUAAUCAAUUUGAAAAUUCUUGAUUUAUCUGGCAAUAAAAUCAAGUCCAUCGAAGAGGGACUAUUGAAAGGUUGCAGCAAUCUAGAGGAAUUAUAUUUGGAUCGUAAUAGCUUGGCUGAUAUUCCAUCGAACUCUCUAAAUGGACCAACAGACCUUAAAGUCUUAUCACUACGGCAUAAUUAUAUUGCUGCAAUCCAUUAUGAAUCGUUUAUAUCCCAACCAAGUUUAGAAAUUAUUGAUUUGCGAUAUAAUUCUAUAAAAUCAAUCGAAGGUCUAACAUUUCAAGGAUUGGCAAAAAUUCAAGAAAUACGUCUUGGUGGAAAUCGGAUUACAAAUCUCAAUAGUGAUGUCUUUGAAGCCAUACCAACUUUACAGAAGUUAGAUUUGUCUGAGAAUUUCAUUUCUCAAUUUCCAUCGAUAGCUCUUGAUAGUGUUGGUGAUUUGAAAUCGUUGAACUUGUCUUCGAACAUGUUACAGAGACUGGAUUUCACACACCUUCAAGUCGUAAAAGGUCUUGAAACACUGGACCUAAGUCGAAAUGGAAUAGCAACUAUUCCACCAGGAACAUUCAGAGAACUUUCUGCUUUGAAGUAUCUGGACCUUAGUUUGAAUUCUCUACGAACGAUCGAAGAUGAUGCCUUAGAAGGUCUCGACAGUCUGCAAACACUUGUUAUCAAAGACAACAAUAUACUUCUCAUCCCAGGCAGUGCAUUAGGUAGACUUCCUAAACUAUCAUCUCUUCAUUUGGACUUCAACCGUGUUGCGGCUCUUUCAUCGGAAAUUCUUGGCUCAAUUCAGCCCGAAGCCAUUACGUCUAUGACACUGUCAAGAAAUGUCAUCCGAGAACUUCCACCUGGCAGUUUCCAAAUGUUUGCCAAUCUACGUUUGCUUGAUUUGUCAGGAAACUCUUUGGCCAUAGUAGGUGCUGAUAUCUUCAUGGGUCUUGAGACUUCCCUCCAUGAGCUCCGUCUUUCUCAGAACAGAAUUACAGGUCUGGGAAACAUUCCUUUGGCACUGACAGAACUUCGAAUUCUUGACUUGAGUGGAAAUAAUCUUGCUGACAUUCCACGAAAUGCUUUGCAAGGGUUGGAGAAUCUCCAGGUCCUGAAUAUGAGUGGCAACCCUCAUUUGUCACCAAUCCCUACUACUCUUAUUAAACCCUUGAGCAAGCUGCAAAUAGUAGAUUUAAGUCGGUGCUCAGUUAAACAGCUUUCUGGAGAUCUGUUCGCCACACUCCAGGACCUUAAACAGAUUCACCUGCAGGAAAACAGCAUUCAGGAAAUCAACGAUGGCACUUUCGUAGAUCUAUGGAAUAUUACAUCGAUAGAUCUGUCCAACAAUCACAUUUCAUCCAUUAGACCUGGAGCUUUCGUCAAUGUCAUGAAUAUCAAACGCUUAAAUCUUAAGGGCAAUCAAUUGAGUGCGUUUAAAGGCGAGUUCUUCAACACUGGAACGGGAAUGGAAGAACUUGACAUAUCAGACAACCAUCUGAGCUAUCUUUUCCCAUCAUCCUUCCGAAUUCAUCCUAGGCUCAAGAAGAUUGUGGCUUCAAAUAACAAAUUCAGUUUCUUCCCAGCAGAACUUAUUUCAACCUUACAAUACUUGGAAUAUAUUGACCUUUCGAUGAACCAAUUGAAGAGUAUUGAAGAACUCGACUUCGCUCGUUUGCCAAGAUUGAGAUCCCUCCUGGUAGCUGAUAACAACCUUGACUCGCUGAGUGAGAUGGCUUUCCAUAAUUCAACUCAGCUGCAGGUUCUGAAUUUGGCUAAUAAUAAGCUUGAUCGAAUAGGAGAACGAACUUUUGAAGGCCUCGUCCGUCUGGAACUUCUGGAUCUCCAAGGGAAUCAACUUGUAGAACUGCCUGACACGAUAUUCGAGCGAAAUAAGCUUCAAAUGCUAGAGAACAUAAAUCUUGCCUACAACAAGUUUGACUAUGCUCCCUUAAAUGCCUUGCAGAGACAAUACUUCUUUGUUAGUUCCGUUGAUCUGAGUCACAAUAAAAUUCGAGCUAUUCCAGCAGAUGACAGCAUCAUGGUUAAUAUAAAAAUGUUGGAUCUGUCCUACAAUCCUUUGUCAGAAGGAGCUGUGAAAAAUAUUCUCAACGAACCAAAAACCGUUCGAGAACUUAAUUUGGCUGCAACAGGAAUUCAGCACAUUGAUGCUUUGGAAACUCCAUUCCUCCAAUACUUGAAUCUUUCCCAUAAUAACCUGCGGGAGAUUAAUGAAGAUGCCUUUGAACGUACGACACUUCUGGAGACUCUUGAUUUAUCGGGAAAUCAACUUGAAGACCUAAGCAAACUGUCAAAGGCUUGGCCGAAGGUAUCGAUGCUGCAAACUUUGAUCUUGUCGAAUAAUAGUUUUGAGCUCAUAUCUCAGGGUGAUUUUGAGCACCUUGAGAUGCUGAAGUCUCUUUCCAUCUCCGAUCUGGAGAAAUGUACAAAGAUUGAAAAGAACGCCUUUAAAGAUAUCCCCAAUCUGGCGCAGUUAGAGGCCUAUAACCUACCACUCCUUGGCUAUCUUGAUAUGCAGGGAAUUCUAGAGGUCUUACCGGGCUUGGAGAAAAUAGAGCUUGAAGUAAAAGAUCCAACUAUUGGAAUCGAUCAAAUUCAACCAGCUAAACAUCCCCGAUUGAAGUGCAUUGGCCUGAGAGGAGAACGUUUGAAGACGAUUUCUUCGGGAAGUCUUGCUGGUUUGAAGAGCAGCGACCUUACCAUAAAACUUCAGAAUACAUCACUUUCCGCACUACCUCCAGCACUACUCUUCCCAGUGCCUCGGUCUUCACAUUUGACACUAGACAUAGAGGGCUCAAUGGUGACAGUUUUAUCACCACAAUUCCUGAACGCCUUGGAAGACCGCAGAUCAAGUCUUGAACUCAAGGGGCUUAACUCAAAUCCAAUUCACUGUGAUUGUAAUGCCAGAGCUCUGAGGAGGUGGCUUCCAAGUUCACAUAUGUCUGAUGUUGAGUGUGCCUCACCGGAGUACCUCAAGGGGAAGAAGCUAAUCGAGGUUGGAGAUGACGAGUUGACUUGUGACCCACGCCGAAUGACGACAACUACUCAGCGAGCAACGAGCUCCUCGAAGUCAGCCUCCAAGUUCUACACACGCUCUACAACCCAAGAGCCCAUGAUAAUCUGGUCUCUUGAACCCACUCAGCCUCCGAUGAAAAUCAAGACAAAAAUGCCUAACAUGAAGCAGCCCAUCAUGAACAACGAUGACACCUUGAUCAUUGGCAUCGUUGGCGGAGUGGUGGCCUUCAUAGCCAUUCUGAUUAUCAUAAUCUGUAUAGUUCGACUGAGAAUGACAAGUGCAGAAUAUCAUAAUGGCCCUGUUAUGGGCAUGCCUCCGAUGCAAAUGGGUCCGGGAAGUGUUCAGGUCAGUUACAAAGGUGCUCCGGCCACUGCUUUGUAUGCUGUGCCCCCGUAUGCCGCACAAAACUAUGCAACUCUACCACACAAAGCAAUGCAUCAUUCCCAACAAAAUCUAACGCAAAGACAGCCAACUUAUUCCACAAUGGGUAGAAUGACCUAUUUCGGGAACGGUCAACAACAGCAGCAACAACAACAACAGCAACAGCAGCAGCAUCAAAACGGUCAUUCCACAAAUCAUCACCAGCCGUACAUAAUUUAUCCGGAUGAAAAGGCUUAUAGGUAGUUUUUGCGAGUGGAACAUAAACAUUGUGUGUCUUGCUUUAAGUCAGUUGCGUAACAUUUACGCGACGUUUAUUUAUAAAAUUAAUGUUUAUUAUGAAAUUAAAUAUAAGAUUUUUUUAAAUGAAGGAUUAACGUUUAUAUUAAAAAAAACUAAGUAAUUGUUGUUAAAAAAAUAAAUAUUGAAAAAUUUUCUUUUAAGAAUUAGGUUAAAUUAAUUUUGUAAAUAGAAAUAAUUUAAUUUGUAUUUAGAAGAAAAGAAAAAAAUAAAAUAAAAAAUCAUGCUAUAGAAUAAUUAAUUUAAAAAUGCAAUAAUAAUAAUUAUUUGUGGGUCAUUAGUAAAAAAUAUCAUUAAAAAUUAAAUUCAUUUGUUUUGCAGACUUAGAACUUAAAAAAUACAAAAAUUGUAUGUUUAGGUAUUAUAAAAUUAAAUACAAAAAUUAAAGUUAUGUCUAAGAAUAAAA